UGACCAUUCUCUAAAAUCUUUAAGCUCCAGAAUCACGGUGCGGAAGCUGCAAGGCACGUGGCUGCCUGCGGGCCGCGGGAACCUGGAGAAACCACUCCUGGGGCCGCGGGGCUCCGUCGCGCCCGUGCUCGGCCCUCAGAAUGGCCUCCACCCCGUCCACGCCGAGAGCAGCCCGCUGAAGCCCAGGGUGGUGACCGUGGUGAAGCUGGGCGGGCACCCGCUCCGGAAGGUCACCCUGCUCCUCAACAGACGGUCGGUGCAGAGCUUUGAGCAGCUCUUGGCGGACAUCUCCGAGGCCUUGGGCUUUCCCAGAUGGAAGAACGAUCGCGUGAGGAAGCUCUUUAACCUCAAGGGCAAGGAGAUCAGGAGCGUCUCCGAUUUCUUCAGGGAAGGGGAUGCUUUCAUAGCCAUGGGCAAAGAACCGUUAACCCUGAAGAACAUUCAGGUAGCCGUAGAAGAACUCUACCCCAGCAAAGCCCGGGCCCUGACCCUGACCCAGCACAGCCGGGCCCCUUCUCCGAGGCUGCGAAGCAGGCUCUAUAGCAGGGCUCUGAAAGGGGGUCACCACUGUGGGGAGAGCGACGCGGCCAAGGGCCGCGGGGAGGCUGGCGCGUCCAAGGCGGCCCCCGGACAUCGGGGCCAGGCCCCCGUGGAGCCAGCGCCGGAGGACAGGGCGAGGCCCCAGAAGAAGUGGGUCGGGGGCAAGCGGGAGCCCGAGCCUGCCAGCAGGCCGCCCAGGGAAGCCGCUCUGGACAGACCUGUGAGCGGCGAGAAGCACCUGGGCGUGGAGAUCGAAAGGACCUCGGGUGAGAUCAUCCGGUGUGAGAAGUGCAGGCGAGAGAGGGAGCUCCAGCAGGGCCUGCAGAGGGAGAGGCUGUCCCUGGGGACCAGCGAGCUGGACUUGGGGAAGAGCCACAGGUACGAGGCGGCGGCCGAGAAGCUGGUGAGGACCAGGAGCUGCCGGCGGUCGCCCGAGGCCCACCCUGCAGCCGGGGAGGAAGGGGGGAGGGCCGAGAGCCACAGGAGCAGCCCCAGGAACCCCACCCAGGAGCCCAGGAAGCCCGGCAGACACCCAGACAAGAAGGAGGACAGAGACCCCGAAGGUCAGGAAGGGCACGCUCAGGCUGCGGCCAAGGCCAGGAGGGAGCCGGGGGACGCGCCGCCGGUCAGAGAGGAGGGGCUGCGGGACGCGAGGAGGGAGGCCAGGAGCGCCUGCGGGAGCAGGCAGGGCGGCUGGCCGCGGAGGGAGCAGCCGGUGGACCCGGAGGCGCCGCCCGGGCCCCGCGGGGGCGAGCCGGACGCGCACCGGGAGCAGCAGACCUGCGCGGCCGCGUCAGGGCCCAGGAAGCCGGCCGCCCGCGGGGACCGGGAGCCCAGGGGCGGCCGGAAGCGGCGGCCCGCGGGUCUCCUGGCGGCAGACGUGCACAAGUUCUACGAGGCGGGCCGCGUGCUCGGGGACGGCAACUUCGCCGUGGUCAAGGAGUGCCGGCACCGCGAGACGCGGCAGGCCUACGCCAUGAAGAUCAUCGACAAGUCCAAGCUCAAGGGCAAGGAGGACAUGGUGGACAGCGAGAUCCUGAUCAUCCAGAGCCUCUCCCACCCCAACAUCGUGAAGCUGCACGAGGUGUACGAGACCGACGCGGAGAUCUACCUGAUCAUGGAGUACGUGCAGGGCGGGGACCUCUUCGACGCCAUCGUCGAGAGCGUGAAGUUUGCCGAGCGCGACGCCGCGCUCAUGCUCAUGGACUUGUGCAGGGCGCUUGUGCACCUGCACGACAAGAGCAUCGUGCACCGGGACCUCAAGCCCGAAAACCUGCUGGUUCAGCGAAAUGAGGACAAAUCUACCACCUUGAAACUGGCUGAUUUUGGCCUUGCAAAGCAUGUAGUGAGACCUAUAUUCACCGUGUGUGGGACUCCGACGUAUGUAGCUCCUGAAAUUCUCUCCGAGAAAGGUUACGGGCUGGAAGUGGACAUGUGGGCCGCGGGCGUGAUCCUCUACAUCCUCCUGUGUGGCUUCCCCCCCUUCCGCAGCCCGGAGCGGGACCAGGACGAACUCUUCAACAUCAUCCAGCUGGGCCGCUUCGAGUUCCUGGCCCCUUACUGGGACAAUAUUUCUGACGCUGCCAAAGAUCUGGUGAGCCGGUUGCUGGUGGUGGACCCCAAAAAGCGCUACACCGCCCACCAGGUCCUUCAGCACCCCUGGAUUGAAACGGCGGGAAAGACUAGCUCGGCGAACCUACCAAAGGAGGUGCCCCCCAGCAGUGAGGGGCACGUCCGGAGCCAGCACAGGCGGUCUGCGGAGAAAGCCUUAUAGCCCCCGCCUCGGGUACCGGUCAGCCCCCUUCUCCCCCAAGGGCAGAGAAGGAGCUAGAAGUCCAGGAGACACACAGAAUCAGGAGAGGGGGAGAAAUGCUUCGUACGUUUUAAAGCGUAUUUUACAAAAAAAACUUGAGUCUUAAUGUUACAUGUUGUACCGUAUUUUUAGAUUUGUAUAUUUGGAGACUUUAAUACAUUUUGGGGGCGGGGGGCGGGGAGGCUGUCGGUGAGGACUUUUUGGUAAUAAUGCUGUGUUUUGCCUCCUCCUCGUAACCCAGUCCAUGGUAUACUACCUGAGUGGUGCUUGCCAGGAUCUGAACUCCCCCUGCGAGGUUAACAAGGCAAAUCGUGCUCUUUCUCUGUUAAUAAAACGUGCUCUGACUGACGGAAGUGGGUUGUAUUCUGCUUGCUUCUUAAUGCUGGAGAUGGGAGCCUGGGAAUUCUAGUUUAGACAUGCUUCCUAAAACUGAUAUGACUACAUAUAAAUGUCGUGAUGGACACUUGACUAACUGGCAGGACACGUUUAUUUGGGAUGUGCUCGUCUCGCUGUCCAGCGUGUCCUGAAAAUCCAUUCUGGUGCUGUCGGAGAAAUGGAAAAAAAAGAAAUCGUUGAUUUAUUCUUGCCCCUUCAGUACCCCUUUAUUCUGUUUUUCAGCCGAGCGUACCUGAGCCUGAGUCAUUUCCACAUGAAGUUAGGCACCCAGGCUGUGACUGUGGUAACAUUUUCAGAUCACCCGGGAGCCAUUUAGUGCAUUAAUAUGUCAGCGACGCAGUCAAUGGAUGACACUCAGGCUCGAAGUUGCUCAGAGAGUUCAGGCACGUUCCUGCCUGCAGGGCAGACACACGGAGGGCACGGGAUGCGUGUUCUCUGAUUAUUUCAGUCCAGGUUUCUGGGUGGAAACGCUGGGCUUUUCAGAUGACUCGGGGGCGGGAUAUGCAUGAGCUGAAAGCAAAACGUAACUCUCGCGUUUCCCGAAUGGACCUUUCUGGGUUAUAUGUAACUCGGCCAGUGGGACACAGAACCAGCCCCCAAGUGUGGGUUUCUCCCCCUGCCCCCUCCUUCCCUAAUGAUGCUGGAGUCAUCUGGUGGAGGAUGCACAUCGGGAAAACGGGAGGAGCCAGAGAGAGCGUUUAGUGCAAGGAAUCGCUUAACCGGGUAUUGAAACCUACAAAAACACCCUGGAGACUCUGAAGUAAUUUGGCAACGGUAACGGCAGGAAGCGGCUUCCGAUCCUGGGUGGGGAACCGAAGGAAGAGCCUGGGCCAUGAGAACCUGGCAGCUUGGAGGAGAAUCGCCUUGCGGAUGCUGAGUAGGCCGCCCCGAACCCCCUUGAAGACCGAAGGGAACAAACAGGUUGUGGGGCUGGCAGCCCUCAGCCGUCACACCUCCCUCCCGGGGCAGGCUGUGUCCAAUGACUGGUCCACGCAGGGGACGAAGGCUCAGCCCCCGCACCCCUGUGGGGACAACGCCGAAGGGCCAUCCCAGCCUCAGGGCUCCUCGUGGGCAUCGGCUGAACCCUUCGGUGACACUGCUUCCCAGCCCAGCAUCCGCCUGGCCCAGGCUUGCUUCUUUCUGUCCUCGGAGGUGACAGGGGAGACCACGCCCUCAUACAACGUCUGUCCAUCUCCAUCCCACGGUUGGCUUCCCAGGAGACGGGGCUCCGAAGGGCGAGCUGGGACCCACACACCUGAGGAGGGGAUGCUGCUCGGUACAUGGACUCUUGUUCUGCAAACAUCGAAAGAGGCUGGAAGCUGGAGCCCAGCUGCUCCUGGAAGGUCACCAGAGGCGCUAAGUCCAAGUGAGAAGGUUCAGUUCGCGUUAGCAUCGGUUGAUAUCAGGUGGUUCUCCUGACCACUGUCUCUGAGCCAUUUCUCCUGUUGACUUCUGUGAUGCCACGUUUCUCUGAUCUUCUUACCUGCUUCUCUGUCUUCUCCUUUGGGCCUCCUGUACCAGGUUCAGCCUCCUUCCAGUUGCCAAAAGCUGUUUCAUCAUACGUCACUAGGGAAAUGCAAAUUAAGACCACAAUGACAUAAUACUGUGUACCUAUGAGAAUGGCUAGAAGUUAAUGGCCACAGAGAAAACACUGACCAUACCAAGCGUUGGUGAGGAUUUGAAGCAACCAGAACUCUCUCUCUCUCUUUUUAAUAUGCACUUAUUUUGAGAGAGAGCGCAUGUGGGGGAGGAGCAGAGAGAGAGAGGGAGACAGAGAAUCUGAAGCAGGCUCCGAGCCGUCAGCACACAGCCCAAUGCGGGGCUUGAACUCACGAACUGGGAGGUCACCGUGGCCUGAGCCGAAGUCGGGCGCUUAACCCUGAGCCUCCCAGGCACAACCAGAACUAUCGUAAGGGGCAGGGGAGCGUUUUCAGUGGUCCUCCCCCUCUGGAGAGCAACUUGGCAGUUCCUUUAAUCGUAUGCCGACUGUGUGAUGCAGCCAUUCCCCCUCUGGGUAUUUUUGAGAGAAAUUACAGUGUGUGUCCGCACAAAGGCUUAUGCACAAAUAGUCAUAGGUGCUAUGUUUGUAGUAGCUCAAACGUAGAAACAGCCUGAAUGUCCAUAAAUUGGUGACGUAUAAAUUAUGUUGCAUCCAUGCGGUGCAUACAGUUCAGCAAUAACAAGGCAUGAACUCUCGAGACGAGCCACAACACGGACAAAAAGAAAAACGUGAAAAGUGAUUAGACUGAACAAAAGAGGCCAGACCAAAACAGCUUAUGUUCUCUGUGAUCCCUUUGCCUACAGUUCUAGAAGCUGAAAACUAAGCCACAGAGCAGAUAGGGGUUGCCCGGGGACAGGAGGGAGGAGGGGUCCCCAAGGAACAACACCAGGUAACUUUGGGGGUGAGGGAUAUGCUUGUUGUCUCGAAUGUAAUGAUGGGUCUGUGGGUGCAUACACGUCGAAACUUAACAAAUUGUGCACUUUCACUUUGUGCUGUAUAUUGUGUGUCACUUACACCUCAA